GUUUCAGCCAUCACUGAGAACUUCUCAGAGCUCUCCCUUCCCUCCAGAGGGGCUCAAGGGUUAAGAGGAAGAGAAGUUCCAAAGCCAAACAAACAACAAGCUCAGAACCUGUACAUUCAGUUUUAUAGCUUGUGUUAGGAAACUCUUGAAACUAUCUCAUUUUUCCCUUCGUAUCACAAUGGCUGGCCUAUCCCUGCAGCACCCUUGGGCAUUCGCCUUUGGCCUCCUAGGCAACGUCAUCUCCUUCAUGACCUACCUGGCCCCAAUACCGACGUUCUACCGCAUCUACAAAAGCAAGUCGACGGAGGGUUUCCAGUCGGUGCCCUACGUGGUGGCGCUGUUCAGCGCGAUGCUAUGGAUCUACUACGCGCUGCUCAAGACCAACGAGGGCCUCCUCAUCACCAUCAACGCCGCCGGUUGCGUCAUCGAGACCGUCUACAUCGUCGUGUACCUCGCCUACGCCCCCAAAAAGACCAAGGUGUUCACGGCCAAGAUCAUGCUCCUCUUCAACGUCGGCAUCUUCGGGCUCAUCCUCCUCUUCACCCUCCUCCUCUCCGAGGGCGAGAGGCGCGUCGUCUCGCUCGGAUGGGUCUGCGUCGGCUUCUCCGUCAGCGUCUUCGUCGCGCCGCUCAGCAUCAUCAGGCGCGUGAUCCAGACGAAGAGCGUGGAGUACAUGCCCUUCCCCCUGUCCCUCUCGCUCACCCUCAGCGCCGUCGUCUGGUUCCUCUACGGCCUCCUCAUCAAGGACAAAUACGUCGCGCUUCCGAACAUUAUUGGGUUCGCCUUCGGCGUGGCCCAGAUGGGGCUCUACGUGUUCUACAUGAACAAGACGCCGGUGGUCGCGGAGGGCAAGGAGGCCGGCAAGCUCCCGGCGGCGGCGGAGGAGUACGUCGCCGUCAACAUCGCCAAGCUCAGCCCGGCCCUCCCCGAGAAGAGCUCCGAGGUGCACCCGGUCACCGAGAUGGCGACAAUCCCCAGGACCUGCGCGAUCGAGGCAGCGGCGGCGGCGGCGGAGAACAGAGACGUGCUCGACUUCAUCAGCCGCGGCCCCGCCGUCGAGGUGGCCUAGACGCGUGCAUAUGCAUGCGUGCAUGCAUGGCGCGCGCCGCGCUUUAAUAGUCGCACGACACGUAGCAAACGAGGCGAGUAAUCAGGUACUACUAAUCAGUAAUUAACUGCUCAUGGAGGAGACCAGAGACGUACGUAUAUGGGGUGUGUGUUCAUUUGUGCUGCUGUUGUAUUCAUUUCCAUCGAUCCAUAUCGAUCUCUAUUCUUAUUAGUUCCUUUGAGCGUGUAAUGUGUUCUAAUAAAGUGUAAUCGAUCUCCCACAGUUAUUAACUACUACUAUUUGGUCA